ACUCCUCCUGGCGGGAGAGGCGCACACUGCGGCGGGCGGAACGGAGCAAGAGGGUUUGGCGAAGCACAUGGGUGUUUUUGCAGACACUCUCUUCAAAACUUGAGCGGUCUUUGUCGAUGAUUCCACGUUUUAACACACAUGUAAUCAGUAAAAUGAGCACUAUUCUACAACUACGAGGUUUGGAUACAAAGGCAAAUGCUGAAGAUAUCCGGGGCUUUUUUGGAGCGAUUCAUAUACCAGACGGUGGAGUGUUUAUUACUGGAGGGGCACUUGGGGAGGCUUUUAUUGCUUUUAACAGUGAGGAAGAUGGCAUACUUGCAAUGCAACAGAGUGGACAUUUCCUCAAGGACUCAAAGGUGGACUUGCAGAUUAGUAGCAUGGUGGAACUUGAGCACAAAGUGGACACAUUUCUCAACAGAAAGAAGUCUAAACAUCGGGCAAAUAAGAGUCCUCGUAAUUUCUCAAGUGAUGGCGCAUUACCCGUACCUGAUAAACCGGUUAACCCGCGGUCUGAUUAUGGUUCACCUUCUGAUAUAACACGACUUGAUACAGGAGCUGAACAAACUAUAAACAAGGAUACUCCUGACUCAAAAAAUACAUUUCUUCUUCGCAUUUGCACUUUACUUCAGGGACUUGCAUCAUCUCAGGGAAAAAACGACCCAUGUGACUCCUCAGCAGAACCGCCUCUCUAUAGUCCACCUAACCCUGGCUUUAUUAGGGUGUUUGGUUUACCCAGCACCACAACUAAACAAGACAUAUGCAAUUUUUUCCAAGGACUAAGCGUAAAGGAAGUUUUAGUGAAUGUAAAGUUGGGAGUAAAUCAUGGUUGUAUGGUGAAGUUUGAGACUUUCCAAGAGGCUACAGAAGCGCUGAAUUUUAACCAGAGUUCUGCGUGUGUGGAGGUACGAACAGCAACAGAAAAGAUGUGGAUUAAUGCUCUACAAGAACAUGAAGAUGGUGAUCAUGAGGGUGUAACAUUAGAGCAGGGUCCUUUAAAGGAUACCGUGAACUAUUCCAAAGUUUCCAAGUGGCCCAGAAAGAAGCGCAAUACAGACUCAAUGCAAAAACCACCCAAAAAAUUGAAAAACUGUCAAAGUGAUAAUAUAGAGUACAUUAUCAUGGUCAGUCAUCUACCAGUGAGUAUCGUCAAGACUGAAAUAAAAGAACUUUUUGGAUGUCCAAAUAUUGCUCACUCAAACGUUCUUCAUUUGCUGGAUUCUGAAGGGCAACGGACUGACAAAGUUUUUGUAAAGUUUGACAAAGAAGAAGAUUACGACUAUGCAGUGAACCUCAAUGGCUGUCAUGUAGGCUCCAGUGUGAUUGAGGUCUCACCAAUUACAAAAGAAGAGAUGACUAAAAUGAUUAAGUCCCAAAGAAAACCUAAGCAAAACACACAGGCCAGGAAACCACAUCAAAAUGGGAAAAUGGACAAUAAAGACAUGCAAAGUCAUGAAGUUGAUGUAAACGAACGGAGAUGCCUGUAUGUAAGAAAUAUGCCUGCAAAUGUGCAGAGGAGUCAAAUCAAAGGACUCUUCACUGAAAACAAGCUGAAGGAGGAAGACAUCACAUUGUUGCAUGACAGUGAUGGCAUAUGCAUUGGAGAGGCUGUUAUUCAGUUUCAGUCUCAGACAAAUGCUGCCUUGGCUUUAAUGCAUCACGGAAGGGAGUUCCUGGGAAGCAAAAUACUGCUUACGCCGAUUAGUGUGAAGCAGAUGCAGAGUAUUUUGUUAAAUUAUUAAGCUAGUAUUUGCAUCAUAUACCCCUGUUAAUGUUGGCAAUUUAAGUUGCCAAUAUUUUAAGUAUUUUUAAAGUCAGUGUUCUGUCUAAACUGUUUUUAUUUUCAAAAAGGUCCAGUUUAGACAAAGUGCGUUUUUUAAAAGAAAAUAAGCACAUGUUCAGCCAUUUCUUUCCUCUUUAAUAAAACAGCUCAAACAUGUUAAGUCAUAAAA